GCGAUUUGGCGUAGGUCGAUUCUGAAGCGGCGGCAAAGUCGAAUCUUGGCCAAAGCUGGCUAGAGGUGCAAGGUGGGCCGGCCCAGAUUGAGCGGACUGACAGCGGACUGUUGUAUCUCCGGGAGCCGACUGCCGAGGGCGCCCGCUCGGUGGUCGCACCAGACAGGGGACAUGGCGAGUCCGCCCAGUCGGCGACCUCUCGACCCGCUGCAGGCCUCCGAGGCCGGAAGGAGGAGCAGCGCCUUCACGGCCGUGGCGCCGCAUAUCACCAGCCCGAUCAAAGAUCCGAGCAGCCCGUCGUAUGGGCAGACGCUGCCGCCGCUGUUGCCGCUGACGAUGCUGUACCCGGGCUGCCUGCUGCACGCCUACCCGCACUACCAGCGCUGGUACUCGUCUGACGCCAAGGCGCCGCUGCUGCCGCCCUCGGCGCCCUACUCGGAGAUGGCCAGGCAGUUGGAGGCCGUCCGCCUCUGGGGCUCGCUGGCCAGACGCGAGAUGACCAGCCCGGCCAACAACGAGCCGCGGACGCCGACGUGGACGGGCUCGCCGUCCUCGGCCGAGGAGGAGCCGGCCGACGCGCCGCUGAACCUGUCGACCAGCUCGGCGCGGCGGGCCAUCUGGUCGCCGGCGGCGGCUGUCGAGCAGGAGGCCGAGCGGCGGCGCUGCUCGUCCGAGCUGAGCCCGCCGCCGGCCAGCGAGCCGGCCAGCCCUCCGGCGGCGGCGCCGCUGGCGGCCUCCUACCCGCCCUACCGGCUGGUGCUGCCCGGUUGGACGGCCGCCGCCGCCGCCGCCGCCGCCGCCGCCCGCCACCUGGGCCGGCCCGUGCCGCCCAGCCGGCUGCCCGCCAUGGAAGGCCAGCACAUCAGCUGCCCCGCCUGCAAGAGGGUAUUUGGCUCGCCUGCCGCGCUGGAAGCGCACGUGAAGCGGUGUGCGGCCACCCUCUCGCCGCGCUCCGUGCCGGGAGGUCAGACCAACACCAAAACAGCGCACGAGAGGUCGUUUGAGUGCAAGGAGUGUAAGAAGACGUUCAAGCGUUCCUCGACGCUGUCAACACAUCUUCUAAUCCACUCGGACACCCGGCCCUACCCAUGUCCGUACUGCAACAAGCGCUUCCACCAGAAGUCGGACAUGAAGAAGCACACCUACAUCCACACCGGUGAAAAGCCGCACAAAUGCUCGGUCUGUGGCAAGGCGUUCUCGCAAUCUUCCAACCUGAUCACACACAUGCGGAAACACACCGGAUACAAGCCGUUCGCGUGCGGCCUCUGCGAGAAGGCGUUCCAGCGGAAGGUGGAUCUGCGCCGUCACCGGGAGAGCCAGCACCCGGACCUGGCGCACGUGCCGCCGCCGCCGCCGGCGCCGGUGCCGGCCGCCCUGCCGGCCGCGGACUGACGGGCCGUGGUGCGGGCCGGGCCGCCGGCACUCUGAGCGCCCCUGAGCAGCCCACCGGCGUGACACUGCGGCAGCUCAGAAGCUAUUGAUUGUUCUCACUGACCGAUGUAACCCGAAUCUCCGCCAAAUGGACCGCUUUUGAGCCGGCGACGUCGACUUCAAAGCAGCCCGUAUGACCAUUACUUACGUCAACAAAUUAAAAAUCUUCGACCGUCUCGCUGAAUAGCGGCGCCCUCUUCAGAGUGCCGCCCUCAAACAAAGCACUUAGGCGGCGUUUUCCAUUGAUUUCGGCGGCGCCGGCCGGUAGCGGAGGUAACAUUGUUGUCCGUAGUGUGCACACAGAGUUGUUCAAACAUUUAACGAAUUCAUUGCGUCUGUAUCAGCGUCGAUGAGCGGCUGCGAGGGUCCGUUUGACACGGCACCGACAAACGGCAGUCGGACACAAAACGGCCGCCCCCGGCCGGCCGAGCGGCCAGGGUGCGUGCGGGGGGGACUGAUAGACGGCAUCGCACGGACUAAUGAUUCGAGCCAACGGCCACCAUUGAGCUAAAUGGACGGGAGCGCACGGCCAAUUAUUGAGCUUUCUAGUCAGCUUGUAUAUAAAAAGAUAUGAGGAUGAGUGACUGG